AUGAUAGAGUUAGAGCCAAAAAUGUCAUCCUCAGCGGCUGCCGCGGACGCACCCGCUCUGGCUGAUCCAUCAAAAACUAGCGAUCAGCAAGGAGAGAAGGACCAAAAUGUUAAGCCUCAAAGAGCCGUAUGUCAGGAUUGCGAUCGCCCAGCUAGAGUCUGCCUCUGUGCCUGGUUGCCAAGAGAGAAAGCCAAGAGCCCGUUGGACGUAAUCGUUCUGCAACAUCCCCAAGAAGCCCAGCAAAAGCAUCGAACGGACUACUUCCUCCAUCGCUGUAUCGAAAACGUCAAGGUAGUUGUGGGGAGACGAUGGGAAAACGUAAACUCCUCUGCUGAGAGUGAACCCGAAACGACAUCAGAUGGCAUGAGUCGCACUUUACUCCUCUAUCCUGGAUCCGAAGCGAAGACUGUUGGCCAACUCCUUGAAGUCGCAAAUGCUAGUCUACCUUUUGACAGAGUCAUCGCUCUCGACUCCACAUGGAAAUAUGCGAAAGAGAUGGAGAGGAGCUUUCCAUCUACUGUGCAGAGAGUACAACUUGAUCUUUAUUGUAGAGAAGAAGGAGACCCUGUGUUGAAGCCAAAAUUCUUGGUACGCAAACCGGAGAAAGUAGAGUUAAAAGGGAUAGGAGCAGUUGCACAGGGAUUCUCAACAGCUGAGGCAGUGGCAUUGUUUUUGGAUGAAUGGAAGAGCAGUUCAGCCUCAUGUACAACAGCAAGCGAAAAGAUGAACCAAGCAGCAUCCUCUUCAACUAGAUCUUCAACUAGAUCUUCAACUCGUUCUACUUUGUUUUACGACACAGUAACGAAACCUUUAUGCCAGUAUGUGGAGUAUCAGCGGGGUUUCAUGAAAGUAAAGCACAGAACGGAUAGGCCAGGUUACAUACCAGGUUUAUGGGAUGAUAAGACUAGUUCUGUAGUCGAACCGAAUCCUAAGGACGAGCAAGGCCCUCUUCCCAAAAAACAGAAAACCUCCAUUUCUUCAUGA